AAUGACAAUGAGCAGAACUCUUAGAAAGUAGCUUGUUCAACUCCUCUAUGGCUAUUUUGGUGUCAUUUAUGAGGAAGUGUAUUCAAUUUGUCUAUAUUUUUCACCCACCCAUUUCCUGUAGACCCUACGUUUAAUCAUCGUGUCAACUGUAAGUGACCCUAUGUUCCAAGUGCCUAUCAUAACGUUGAUCUUUGAUUUGGUAUGUUGUCCCAGUCAUUUAGCUAAACAUCUGACAUACCAACCCUUGUACUUGUCACCUCCUAAGAACAUCCGAUAAAAUUUGAAAUCUUGCACUCUGUCAUUUCUAUACUAAAUUUCUGUCCCCAUUUCAAUCGCUUCUGUUUGUUUUUUCUACAGAGCAACUUUAUUGAAUGAGUUGUAAUCUCCUCGAAAACUUUACAAGGCAAAUGACCACAUUGUAAUCUCCAUGUUCUUUGGUUAUAACACACAACAACUGGCCUGUAGAAUGUGUGAACAAGAACAACCCUUUUCCAUGAGACUAUAAAUAGCUGCUAAAUAUCACAUUAUUAGCACCACCUCACUCUCCAGGAUCAUUAAUUCUAGAUAUCAACUAGUUUGCUUGCUAUGGCAUCAACAACUUCAACCAACAAGUUCUUUUUCUUUCUACUUUUAGCUUCAUUUGCCAUUGCACAAGUGGCAAAAGCUGGAGAUGCAGAUAUUACCUCUGAUUUCUUGGCACCCGCAGGUGCAAUUGUUGAUGGGAAUUUCUUCACGUACACAGGUAUGCGCAGCAUCGUCAACGCAAAACCACCUGCAAAUUUUACGGUCACGAAAGUAAGCAUGGCUGAAUUCCCGGCUCUUAAUGGGCAGAGUGUUUCCUAUGCCAUUCUUCAAUUCCCUGCAAGCACCGUAAACCCACCACACAUCCAUCCUCGUUCAGCUGAGCUACUUUUUCUCACCCGAGGUUCACUUCAAGUGGGAUUUGUUGACACAACCAACAAGCUCUACACUCAGACAUUACUAGCUGGCGACAUGUUUGUAUUUCCAAAGGGCCUUGUUCACUUCCAGUACAAUAUUGAUCCAGAGAACAUUGCUUUGGCAAUUUCUGCCUUUGGGAGCGCAAGUGCAGGGACUCAAUCACUUCCUGCCACUCUCUUUGCCACCAAUAUUGAUGAAAAUAUCCUGGCCAAGUCAUUCAAAACUGAUGUAGCCACCAUUCAAGCCCUCAAGGCUGGUCUUGCUCCGAAGGCUUGAGAAUACCAUUCUUGAUCGAUCAUUAUUACUCUUCUAUUUGAUAAUGUCAUGCUUUAACCAUUCUUUUGAAUGAAAUAACCCCAUCUUCUUUGUUUAAGAGGAUGUCUAGUAUGUAUCAGCCCUUUUCACACUCU